AAAAAAAAGAAAAAAAAAACUGACCUUGACUGUGGAAUAAGUACCGUGAGGCGGCGAGGAAGCCAAGCCAGUCGUGCAACAGCCGCCGUACAGACACCACCACCAUGCGCGCCUCUCUCGUCCUCCUCGCUGGCGUCGUCCUCCUCGCCCUCCUGUGCGGGACCGAAGCUCACAAGUGCGAGGAUUGCAGCACUGUCUCCUGCCCGAGCACAGCCGACUGCAUCCACGGCACCGAGCGCGAACAUUGCAACUGCUGCGACGUCUGCCGGAGGGCUGCCGGCGAGAAAUGUGACGGUCACGAGCACAUGGACGGCAUUUGCAUAAGCCCACUCAAAUGCAAGAAAAACGUUUGUACUUAGAACUACGCUGUUGAUCCUUGGUUACACUAAAAAGAAUGAUGAAAAAGGAGUGGAAAUAAUUCAGUGCUGAAUCCUACUUCUCAGCAUCUCAAUGAAGAAUGAAAUGCCUUGUUGUGAAAAACAAAAUGGAAAAAAUGCAUCCUGUACACUGAAAUACAAGAAUGACGUAGAUGGCAA